CCAGCACUGGGGGCUGCACUCGGCUACCGCGGUGGGUGAUCGGGCCGUGGGGCUGCGAGGCUGUCGGGGAUGGAAGAGGGCCGUGCGGAGAGGCGACGGAGGACGGAAGCUCCUUCACACACACAGGGCGGUCCUAGGAGGGCCGGUGUCAUGACCGACGUUCACCGGAGAUUCCUGCAGUUGCUGAUGACUCACGGCGUGCUGGAGGAAUGGGACAUUCGGCGGCUGCAGAAGCACUGCUAUCGGGUCCAUGACCGCACUGCCGCCGUGGAGGAGCUGGAGGACUUUAUCAACAACAUUAACAGCGUCUUGGAGUCCCUGUAUAUUGAGAUCAAGAAGGGAGCCACGGAAGACGACGGGAGACCUGUUUACGCACUGGUGAAUCUGGCAACGACUUCUGUUUCCAAAAUGGCCUCAGAUUUUGCAGAGAAUGAGCUGGAUCUGUUCAGAAAGGCCUUGGAACUGAUUAUUGACUCAGAAACGGGCUUUGCGUCUUCCACAAAUAUUUUGAACCUGGUUGACCAACUUAAAGGCAAGAAGAUGAGGAAGAAGGAGGCGGAGCAGGUGCUGCAGAAGUUCGUGCAGAACAAAUGGCUGAUCGAGAAGGAAGGAGAGUUCACGCUGCACAGCCGGGCCAUCCUGGAGAUGGAGCAGUACAUCCGGGAGACGUUCCCUGACGCCGUGAAGAUCUGCAACAUCUGCCACAGCCUCCUCAUCCAGGGUCAAAGCUGCGAGACGUGUGGGAUCAGAAUGCACUUACCUUGCGUGGCGAAGUAUUUCCAGUCCAAUUCCGAGCCGCGCUGCCCCCACUGUAAUGACUACUGGCCCCACGAGAUACCAGAAGUCUUCGACCCCGAGAAGGAGCGGGAGGCUGGGACGUCCAGGGCCACCAAGAGGUCCUUGCGGUCCCGGCAGCACUAGCUGGCGCGCUGGGGGACCGCGGGUGAGCCUGGUUUG